UUCUCCGGCUUUCAGGCUGCAGCUAGCAGGCACAGCGAGCCGCGAGCACCCCACGAGCUGAGUGUGCAGGACGCGCCCCCAGCACAGCCACCUCCAGCCGCUGAAUGAAGCUUCCAGGAGUCCGCCCCCGGCCGGCUGCGCCCCGUCGGAGGUGCACCCGCUGAGAGCACCAGAGCGCCUAAAGCCGGUGCGCUCACCUGCUAGUCUGCUAGUCAUGGGGCCACCCGGGAACGACAGCGACUUCUUGCUGGCACCCAACGGAAGCAGUGCGCCAGACCACGACAUCACUCAGGAACGGGACGAAGCGUGGGUGGUAGGCAUGGCCAUCCUCAUGUCGGUUAUCGUCCUGGCCAUCGUGUUUGGCAACGUGCUGGUCAUCACAGCCAUUGCCAAGUUUGAGCGACUACAGACUGUCACCAACUACUUCAUAACCUCUUUGGCGUGUGCUGAUCUAGUCAUGGGCCUAGCGGUGGUGCCGUUUGGGGCCAGUCACAUCCUUAUGAAAAUGUGGAAUUUUGGCAACUUCUGGUGCGAGUUCUGGACUUCCAUCGAUGUGUUGUGCGUCACAGCCAGCAUCGAGACCCUGUGUGUGAUUGCAGUGGAUCGCUACAUUGCUAUCACGUCGCCAUUCAAGUACCAGAGCCUGCUGACCAAGAAUAAGGCCCGAAUGGUUAUCCUGAUGGUGUGGAUUGUCUCCGGCCUUACCUCCUUCUUGCCCAUCCAAAUGCACUGGUACCGUGCCACCCACAAGAAAGCCAUCGACUGCUAUCACAAGGAGACUUGCUGUGACUUCUUCACGAACCAGGCCUACGCCAUUGCUUCUUCCAUUGUGUCUUUCUAUGUGCCUCUGGUGGUCAUGGUCUUUGUCUAUUCCCGGGUCUUCCAGGUGGCCAAAAGGCAGCUCCAGAAGAUAGACAAAUCUGAAGGAAGAUUCCACUCCCAAAACCUCAGCCAGGUGGAGCAGGACGGGCGAAGUGGGCACGGACUCCGAAGGUCCUCCAAGUUCUGCUUGAAAGAGCACAAAGCCCUCAAGACUCUGGGCAUCAUCAUGGGCACUUUCACCCUCUGCUGGCUGCCCUUCUUCAUCGUCAACAUCGUGCACGUGAUUCAGGAAAACCUCAUCCCUAAGGAAGUUUACAUCCUCCUUAACUGGUUGGGCUACGUCAAUUCAGCUUUCAAUCCCCUAAUCUACUGUCGGAGUCCAGAUUUCAGGAUUGCCUUCCAGGAGCUUCUAUGCCUCCGCAGGUCUGCUUCAAAAGCCUAUGGGAACGGCUACUCCAGCAACAGUAAUGGCAGAACAGACUACACAGGGGAGGUGAGUGGAUGCCCGCUGGGACAGGAGAAAGAAAGCAAACUGCUGUGUGAGGACCCGCCAGGCUCGGAAAGCUUUGUGAACUGUCAAGGUACUGUGCCUAGCCUUAGCAUUGAUUCCCAAGGGAGGAACUGUAGCACCAAAGACUCACCGCUGGAAUGCAGGCUUUCUACUUUUUAAGACCCCCCUUCCCCCGACAGGACACUAACGAGACUAUUUAACUUGAGUGUAAUAACUUUAGAAUAAAAUUGUAUAGAGAUUUGCAGAAGGGGGAAGAAUCCUUCUGCCUUUUUUUAUUUUAUUUUUUUAAGCUGCAGAGAGAGGAGAGAGAGAGAGAGAGAGAGAGAGAGAGAGAGAGAGAGAGAGAGAGAGAGAGAGAGAGAGAGAGAGAGACUGUAUUUGAAUGUUUGUUUGGUUCUUGUACAGUUCAGUUCCUCUUUGUAUGGAACUUGAAAGUUUCUGUCUGAAGUGUCUUGGUCCUAGAUGACUGUGUCUAUAUGUUUAGAUCACUUUUCCAUUUAUCUACCUCAUUGGUCAAAUAUUAGAGAUACUAUAUAUUGCUGCUAGUCAUUUGUAUCUGAAGGAAAUCUUCCUUCCUGUACCCUUGGAACUUGACAACCCUGUGUCUUGGACCUUUCUGCUGUGAAUACGGACUCUCUCCCACUCCCCUUGUUUGCUCAACUGGAGUGUUCUAGGCAGAGAUCUGAGGGACAGCUUCAGUUGUUUUUCUGAGAAAAGUCUAAAGUUUACAGUAAAUAAAUUGUUUGACUAUGAAUUCAUUGCACCUGUUUCUCCAAACCCUCUUGACUCUCGAGUGUCCUUGUCUCGCCCACUGGAAACCACAGGUAACUAUGUGUCAUAAUUGCUGAGUGGCUUAAUAGG